AUGUGUUUCCACAAAUAUUCUCACUACCAGGUCUGCAAGCACCUCGCAUGCUGGAGCAUCGACAUCUGCCAGGAGAUGGUCAAUAGCUUGCGCGCUGGCGAUUGCAUCGGCCACGAAUUCGAGAACUCAUACGACCCCGUGAAGGGAGACCUCUGGGGGAUGUGCGCGGACUGCGCGGAGGCUGGCGCUGCUGAUCAGCGCCCCUCUGGCUCCUGCGCCGUUCACCCCCAAGUGCAGGCUAUCCCGCUUCUCAAGGAGUAUGUGGAGGAGUACGUGGCGCGUGCUUCGGCCGCCAACUGCUCCGGUCUGUCAAUCGGCGUCCCAUCAUCCAUGGAAGCGACCAGCCUCGCGGAUAGCGCAUCAGUGAAGCCAGCAGGAACCCAGAGAUCGACUCAGUCGGGAUCUUUCCGAAGUUUCCACUCGGCGCGCUCGGCUUUUAGUAGCGAAGAGAGCGACGACGGAUACCACCCCGAUGCCGAGCCGGGUUUCGACUGCUACAGCAGCAGCGAGAGUAGUAGCACCAUGGACGAGGAUGACGAGGACGAUUGCAUUGUUAUAUCUCAGCUGUCGGACGAGUCGUUGCUGGCCCAGCCGCUCCUGCCCAAGGUCGCCAGACAUACGACCAGUGGUACCAGUGGUUCCGAUGGUUCCAGUACCUCGAGCUACCCCGGCUUCAGCCAGACAAAGUCAUCGACUGAAACUCUCUUCGAAUCGAUCUUCCGGGGCGAGAAUGAGCGGCUCGCCGAUGACAAGCUUGAGACCCUGAACCAGUCCAACGUUGGGCGAGAUUUCCUGGAAAGAAAGCUACCAGCCCCGAGCCAGACCAACCUGGGAGCACCGGCUCUGAACAGGGUUCUUACCGUGACUCCGUCGCCAGGCUUCAGGGAAGACCUGCCGCGCCAGAAUGCGGCCACCCCGGUGGACUUUUUGGCCUCGGAUGGAUUCGUCGGGACCGGCAGCGGCUUCAGUCCUCCCAAGGAGAGCCGGCUCUACCCAGCUGUGACCGGCACGGGCUCCAGCUCUGGCAUUGCCGCCCCAGCGCCGACCCCGGCGCCGGGUAGUCCGCAGGCCCAGAGCAUUCCCACGGCACCCCGGGCCUUCUACAACAGACCCCAAGGGACGACGGGCCCUGCCCCGGACUGGAACGGCCAUCAGCCUGGCUACCCACAUCCCAGCAGCGGAAUCUCCAUCCAACCCACCUUCGAGAAUUCUGGAGUGCCUUCUCUCACCAUAACCGCCCAGCUCGAAGACUUCUCCCAGCCAGGCUUCGCCCCCUACUUCCCACCCCCAAUGGGGAUGGGCAUGCACAGCCAGGCCCCAAAUCCCGGCCUUCUGCCUCCCACUUCCCACCUCAUCACACCUCAAUACCCGCCCGUGAUCCAACCUCAGUACGGGAACUUCCCUCCCCAGCUGCAGCCCCAGGUCCCGGGUUUCCGGCCCCAACAACAGCCUUCCCAAACCUUCACGGGCCCAUCCUUCACCGGCUACCGCGAGCACAACAACAACCGCAUCGCCCGCCACGAGCGGCGCCGGCCGGCCCGCCGCGGAGGGGGCAGAGCGUCCCACGACCGACGCAACAAUAGCCCCUCCUCGCGCGCUCGCCGCAUCUUCAAUAACCAGCAGCAGAAGCAGCACCAGCACCAGCAACUGCGCUGGACGCAGCCGGAGGAGGUCGCCGCGCGUCACCGGCGCAUCCAGGAAGCGAUCCACCAGCAAAAGCAGCAGGCCGUCAUGCAACAGGUCCAAGAACAAGAGUUCCAGAACCUGCAGCAGCAACAGGCCCUCCAGCAGCAGCUCCAGCGGUUGCAGGAGCAGGAGCAGGAGCAGAAGCAGGAGCAGCAGUCCGCCGCCACAGCAGCAACGGCUCGCCAAUCCCAAAGCUCGGGGCUGGGUCUGGGGCAAGAGCUAGAGCCACGGCCCAUCAAUCCUCCUCCCGCCCCCACCGUGCAGACCGCCAUCCUCGAACGGGCCCCGUAUAGCCCUUCCCCCGGGGAGACAAUCAGCCCCUCGGCGCUGGCUGGGUACCCGAUGGAUGUGGACCAGCGCAAGCCUCCUCCUUCUGCUGCUACUGCUGCUGCUGCUUCCGCCCAAGAAGGAGGUGGGAGUUACUCGCAGGACUACUGGAAUGGAAAGUUCUUUACGCGGCCUCUGGUGCCAAGGAACUGAACCCUAACUCACCCCAUUGGGACUGGCUCGGGGAUUUUGGUAGGGAAUCGAGGUGGGGUUGAGCUUGUGGGUGAGUAUGUAUGUAUGUGUGAUGGUGGUGAUGUUUUGGGUACCGUUCAGCUGGAGCACCCUUCUUUUCAUGAUUGAUGAUGACUUAUUCUUUUUUUGAAGUUUGAACUUCG